CCUCUAGAUGGCCUGCCAUCGUACACACCUGAGUUUUCACUAGAUCGAGAGAAAGAGUGGGAAGAGUUACGUUUUUCACCUACAACUUCCAUUCAAUGUCUUCAAGCUCUCUCUACCACCAGAACUGGCUAUCGAGUGGUUUGUUUAGCUGCCAGGAAUCAUGGCUGUCGCCCGUGAAAUGAUCGUCAACCUCUACCGAAAUUUGAUCAGAGAAAGCAAGAAAUGGGAUUCGUACAAUUACAGAAUGUACGCACUUAGGAAAAUCCGUCAUGAAUUUAGAGAAAACAAAUUGCUCCAGGACGCAGAGAAAAUAAAAGAAAGUUACAACUACGGACUGACGAAUCUGGAUAUGAUCAGAAGACAAGUGACGAUCGGGAAUCUCUACAGCACUCGGCAGCUCGUGAUAGAAACAACACCGACGCAAAAAGCGCUGUAAAUUUAAUCAUUGGAUAAUGCAACGGUACGAAUAAUUGUUAUUAUUUAAUACCGUUCCGUGAAUUGUGUAAAGGACUCUUAUUGUUGAUCAGUUCGUUUAUUAGUACUAAGCCGGAAAUUUAUAAAUAAAAAUCAGUCAUCUCUG